GGGCUUUGGCUCGGGAGGCGGGGUUGGAGCGCCCUUCCCUCUUCGCCGCACCACGGACUGUGUUUCAGGCGUGGGGAUCUCUGCUUCCGGCGGGCGCAGCCGGGCGCUGCUGAUAAACGGGUUUUUGUUCUCCAGGGAUAAAGCCAUGGCUGAAAUGAGCAAUAUCAGCGUACAAAAACUAACCAUUGUUCAGCAAGCAAUAGCCUCUUGUUGUGGAGCUAUAAUUACAUCAUUUUUCGUAACUCCUCUUGAUGUUAUCAAAACUCGACUGCAAGCCCAAAGCAAUCCCUUCGAUAAAGGAAAGUGUUUUGUAUACUCCAAUGGCCUUAUGGAUUGUAUAUGUGUUUGUGAAAAUGGGGAAAGCAAAGCCUGGUAUAAAAAACCUGGGUAUUUCAAAGGGACAUGGGAUGCAUUUGUGAAAAUUAUUUGAAUAGAGGGAAUUAAGUCACUGUGGAGUGGGCUUCCCCGAACACUAAUAAUGGCAGUUCCUACCACAGCAAUCUACUUUACCUGCUAUGACCAGCUGUGUGAAGCUUUGAAAAAUAGACCAGGAAAGCAUGAUGAGCACAUUCCAGUUAUUGCAGGUUCCUUAAGCAGAUCCAUGCUUCUCUCCUUUGCAGUCAGUUCUGCUACUGUGGUGAGUCCCCUGGAGCUGAUCAGAACUCGAAUGCAGUAUCACAAGCUGUCCUACAAGCAGCUGUACCUGUGUGUCAGCACCAAAGUGGCUGCAGAUGGGUGGUUGUCCCUGUGGGGGGGCUGGACUUCUACUGUUCUGAGAGAUGUACCUUUCUCAGCAUUGUAUUGGUAUAAUUAUGAACGUUUCAAGAAGAUGAUGUGCAAGGAAGUUGGUGCAAAUGAACCUACAUUUUUUAUUUCUUUUACUUCAGGAGCAGCAUCUGGCUCUAUUGCAGCUGUCAUAACUCAGCCAUUUGAUGUAAUGAAAACACAUAGGCAGACACAACUUUGGGAGAGUGAGACCUUAAAAAUUCCACAAAGGGACAGUACAUCAACCUGGGCAGUUAUGAGGAAAAUUCUCGCUAGAAAUGGGAUUACUGGAUUAUAUGCUGGUAUUAUUCCACGUCUGAUUAAAGUUUCUCCUGCUUGUGCCAUAAUGAUCAGCACAUACGAAUAUGGAAAGUGUUUCUUUUCUCAUUUGAAUGAAAAAACGAAUCAACAUCCUUAAUUCUCCUUCAUCCAAUUGUAUGGAGUCAAAGCAUAUGAUGGAAGUUGUGCCAAAUUUAAAUCUGUGAUGAUGUUUUUUAGGAUUCCCAGUGAAUUUCUACCCUUAUACUUGGUAACUAAAUAAAGCUUCAUUUUUAACUGUUUCACAAAGGAUUAAUUCACUCUUUUUAUUAAGACUAAGAAAAUACAUAUCACCCUUAAACUAUCAUUGAAGAUUUUGUGACUUCUCUUGCAGCUAGAGAGAAAAAGAAAGGAAGGAAGAACGAAAGAAAAAAGAAAGGAGGAGAAGAAAAAAAAUUGAGGCUGGACAUAGCAAUGAAGAAUAAUGACUUCCCCUGUGUUAAAUUUUCAGUCAUGAUUUAACAUUUUUGUUGGUUUUUAAAAUGAUGUUUAAAAAUGUUUUGGGUUUCCAGUUGUAAGAUGUAUUUAUUUCUCAGUAAGGAGGUUGAUACAGGGUGAAUUCAAUAAAUAUUUAUUCUUGCUGCUUGGUAUGUUUCAUUCUGUA